GAAGAUGAAAAAUAUUGACAAAAUUUCUGUAAAUAAUAAUGAAAAAACAUUAUUAAAAAGAUUUGUACGUUCAAUAUCAUUGAAACGAAAUAAACAGGAAAAAUUCAAAAAUUCAAACAUUCAUCCAUCAUUAUCGAUAGAUGUUUGUUUUAAUAAUUUAAAAUCAAAUGAUAAUAAUAAUAUUGAUGAAAAUUCAUUGAUACCAUUCAUGAUAAAAGCUUAUUCAAAUAAAACUGCCCGUGAUUUGAUACAGAAAUUAUUAGUCCAGAUUACAUCACAUAUUGAACAUAAACGAAAUUCUUCUUCAUUUUUUUCUUCAUCUUCUUCAGCCACUAUAUCGACCUCAAAUGCCUCAUCAUCAUCAUCAUCAUCAUCAUUAUUGUCAUUACGUGCAUAUCAACGUAAAUUCAAGUCAAUACAAGAAAAUUUGAUACAGACCAUAACGAAUGGUCCAAAAUCUAGUCUAAAAUCACCAAUUGAAACAACAUUAUUUAGUCAAUAUGAUUUGAAUCCAGAUUCAUAUUUAUUGAAAAUUUGUGGCUAUGAUCAAUAUCUUAUUGGUGAUCAUCCAUUGAUACGUUUUGAAUAUAUUCGUAAUUGUGUUUCAAAAGGAAAGAUACCACAUCUACUUUUGGUGCAAAAAGAAACAGUAAUUAAACUUUUACCAUCCUAUGUACAUCUAGAACCAUCAUUUUUACGUCGUUUACAUCAAUUCACCAGUACGAAUACAUCAUAUUCAUUGCUUACAAAUGAAUAUGAAUCACAAAAGGCAAAUAUUUCUUAUCGUUUAACCGAUGGUUUCACUUCGAAAGGUCGAUAUCAUUCAAAUAAUAAUAAUAAUAAUAACAAACGACAUAAUCAUCGUACAUAUUCAUCACCAUCAUCGUCAUUGUCUAUAGCCUCUAGACAAACAUUUGAUAAUUGUUCCAAAUUGAAUAAUUCAAACAAUCAAGAAUAUUGUCAUUAUUCAACCAUUUCUCAUGUAAUACAACAACAACAACAACAAAAUUCUUCACCAUCUAUUACUGUUUCAACAUCAUCGGAUGAAGAUUGUAUUCAGGAUUGUAAUGAUGAUGAUGAUGAAAAUGAUUUUUAUAUCGAAUUUAUUGAUAAUAAUAAAACAUUAGAUUCGUGGAUAUAUCGUGGUCUUUAUGAAAAGAAUCGAUUGAUUUCAUUGUGGAGAAUUUCACAAAUAUUUCGUGUACGAAUAUUGGCUGCCAGUUAUGUUAAUGUUAAAUUAGCUAACAAAGUAUUCGUACGUAUGGCUGUUUGUCAUGGUAAUGAAUUAUUAAGUGAAAUUCAUUCUACUGAUCAUGUUGAACCACAUACACCUAGUUGGAAUAAAUGGCUUGAAUUCAAUAAUAUUUUUACCUAUCAUCUUCCAUUAUCGGCACGAUUAUCAUUAGAAUUAUGUAUCACUAGCUCUCGUCGUGAUCAAGAUGGUUGUCCAAUCGGUUGGGUUAAUUUACCAUUAUUUAAUUAUCGCCGUUGUCUUUUAUCUGGCCGAAUAUCGUUAACAUUAUGGCAAAUGAAAAUUUCUGAAACAAAUAAUGAUACAGUUAAUAAUAAUGGUGAAACAUUAUCAACAACAAGUGUACUAUCAAAUCGAUGUGGUUGUAUUGGCAGCAAUCCAAUGAAAGAUUCAGCACCUAGAUUAGAUCUUGAAUUUGAUCAAUAUGAGCAGCCAGUUGUUUAUCCAUCACAAGCUGAUAUAUUUGAAUAUGCACAGAUUGUUAAUCGCCAAGAAGGUUCGACACGGCUACAAUUUCAGCAGCCAAAAUUAUCUAAACAAUCAUCAAGAGAAUCGAAUAUUUCAUCAUUUGAUACUUCACCAUUUAGCAUUGAUCGGGUUUAUCGGCCUGAUUCAAAUGAACUUAAAUUAAAACAAUUAAGAAAAUCAUUAUCAAGACGAGAUCCAUUCUCGGAAAUGUCUGAACAAGAAAAAGAUUUUUUCUGGCGUGAACGAUAUAUAAUACGGGAACUUUGUCCGGAUGCUUUGCAUAAAAUUGUUGAAGCAGUUCGUUGGAUGAAUCGUGAUGAAGUUUGUCAAUUGUAUGCUUUACUUGAUCAAUGGCCAAUAGUAUCGGCCGAUAUAGCCAUUCUAUUGCUUGGACCUCGUUAUCCGGAUCCAAUGGUACGAUCAUUUGCCAUAAAAUGUUUAGAUCGUGGAUUAUCCGAUCAAUUGAUGUUGCAUUAUCUAUUACAAUUGGUUCAAUUAAUAACAAACGAAACAUAUUUGAAUAAUGAUCUAAGUCGUUUGUUAUUGCGACGAGCCUUAUUAAAUCGACGUUUUGGUAAUCUUUUCUUUUGGCAUGUUCGUUCAAGAUUAUCAGAACAAUUUUAUAGUCCUCGUUGGUGUGUUUUAUUGGAAAUGUAUUGUCGUGGCCUAUCCGAACGAUCAUUGCUAGAAACAUUACAUCAGGUAUUGGCUUUGGAAGAAAUUGAACAGAUAUCGAUGAAUACGGCUACGGUUGCAGAUCGAAAACAGGCUAUCCUUAAACGAUUACAACAGCCACAGAUUUUGAAAAUUGUUCAAGGAUUUUAUAAUCCAUUGAAUAUAACAUUACGAUUGGAUCGUUUGAAAGCUGAACAUCUACGUGUAAUGGAUUCGGCUAAACGUCCUUUAUGGCUUGAAUGGUUGAAUUCAGAUCCAUUUGCACGUACAAGCGGUGUUCUUAUAAAUGCAAUUAUUUUCAAAUCCGGUGAUGAUCUUCGACAAGAUAUGUUGACUUUACAAGUCAUACGAAUUAUGGAUCAAAUAUGGCGACGAGAAAAUUUAGAUUUACGAAUGUUACCAUACAAUUGUUUAGCUACAGGUGAUCAGGUUGGAUUAAUCGAAGUGGUUCCUCAUGCUAAAACGGUUAUGAGUAUUCAACGUGUUGGUGGACGAAAAGCUGCAUUACAGAUUGAUAGCUCUAAAUUACAUAAAUGGAUACGUGAACAUAAUAAUGAUAAUUAUGAUAAUGCUGUGGAAAAUUUCACUAGAAGUUGUGCCGGUUAUUGUGUGGCUACAUUCAUACUUGGUAUUGGUGAUCGAAAUCCCGAUAAUAUUAUGGUUAAUGAAGAUGGACAAAUUUUUCAUAUUGAUUUCGGACAUUUUCUUGGUCAUUUUAAGAAAAAAUUCGGUAUCAAUCGUGAACGUGUUCCAUUUGUUUUGACUUAUGAUUUUUUACAAGUCAUCGCUAAAGGUGCCGAAAAUCCAUUGAAAAGUAGAGAAUUUGAAGCAUUCCAAAAUCUUUGCAAUGAUGCCUAUCUAGCAUUACAUGAUAAUGCAGGAUUAUUAAUUUCAUUAUUCACAAUGAUGUUGGGUACUGGAAUUCCUGAAUUACAAACAAUGGAUGAUAUUCAAUAUUUACGACAAACAUUACAGAUUGAACGUUCACGUAAAGAGGCAUUGGAAUAUUUUGAACAACAAUUGGAUGAUGCAUAUGGUGGUGCUUGGUCCACUAAAUUGGAUUGGUUUUUUCAUAGCGUUAAACAUGCUUGAAAACAAAAACAAA